CUUGAGGUCGGAAUUGGCCUUUUAAUUUCUGACGGAAAGCAUGAAUGAGUGAGAAUGACGACGAUUCAGUGAGAGAUUGAAUUAUUUGAUCUCAACUGAAACAGCAAUGAAUGAAUCAGAAGCGGUGAUGGACAAGGUUGUGGAACAGUUGGAAAAAGUGAAGAGGGAAUGGGAAGAGACACAGAGAAAAACGCAAGAACACAUUAAGGCAAUCGAAGAGUAUGGGAAAUCAGGAAGAGCCAAUGAGGAGAUAAAUUCUCUUCCCAGAUUGAAUGGGAUCGCUCAGGAUGGUUUGUCACUCCUUUCUUCCUUCAUCUUCACCCUCGAUCUUCUCGCUCCACAGUUGCCCACUGAACAAGACGUUCAAUCUGCUCGCGCCAUGCUUGAAUCUUGGAAAACCCUAAUUCAAAAUUUGCGGUUAAAUCUGAGGAAUGCCAAUCUGCAAGCCAAGGCUAACUUGAGGAAAGCUGCUCAGGAGGAGAGAGAAUUACUUCUAGGUGGUGGAGAAGAGUCCACUGUUCGCAGACGCAAUUUACAGACAAAAGCUGGAAUGACAUCUGCUGCAGAGAGCAUCACAGAAAGCCUUCGACGUUCUCGUCAGUUGAUGGUUCAGGAGGUUGAAAGAAACACAAGCACACUUAUGACUCUUGAUGAAUCAACUGGAGUGUUACAAAAGGCUGAAAGUGAAUAUAAAGGGCACCGCUCAUUGUUGAUGAGAACUCGAAAUCUGCUCUCCACAAUGCAACGUCAAGAUGUCAUGGACAGGGUGAUACUUGGGGUUGGUUUUUUGUUGUUCGUCCUCGCUGUUCUUUAUGUUGCUUCCAAGCGGAUUGGACUACUUACCUUGCAGAGAAAGGUUAUUGAGGCCAUAAAGGCUGGUGUGGUGGGGCAGGCAGAGCUAAGACGCCAAGCCGCUGCAGAUGACAUAAAUCUUCAUCAAGUCAGAGGUGAUCGCGCUCAUAAUACAGAGGCUCCUUUAGAACAAAGAAUACAUGAUGAACUUUGAUACAUUUUAAAGGACAGUAUCAUGAUGUCUGGGCUUGUUUAUUAGGCUGAUUUAUUACUGUGUUUGAAUUUUUCUUUAUUUAGUUAUUUAAGAUAGAAGCCUUACAACAUAAGAAAAAGAGGUUCCAUACUUGUUGGCAGAGUGAAAAUGUUUAAGAGAAAUCUUCGGAAAGAAUGAGUUCUCUUUGCUUGCAAUUUCAGUGUGUUACAUGUUUGUCUGCAGCACAUCGACACUAUUCAAAAUCUGAAACAUGAAAUUUGACACAGCAUUAUAUAAUUA